AUGUCCGCCAGAUCUCUUCACGUUAGUCAUUCGGCACCUAAUCUUACUCCUCUGCAAGCGGUGCAUAUCUCGAGGCGUGGCGGCGGCGGCGGCACCUUAGGUGUCAGUUCAUGUGCUACUGCUCCACUGCUUCCACCGACCUCGUUUACACCACAGCAUCAACCAAACCAACAACCACCCAUCACCACUUCUGUUCAACUACAGCAUCCGCCACCCGUUGGCAACAACGAUCAUACUGUGCAGGUUAGCACUCACUCAAAAUCCUCACUCAAACGCACUGGAACGCUGCAAAAAAAAAAUCAAAUUACAUCUCUACCUUUCUGCAAAUGCACAAUCUAUUACACAAAACAGUUUUCGCUAUCACUUGCUCAAAACUCUUCAUCUAGUUUCAUUCCAAAAGGGAGCCAUCUGAACAGAAUUAUCAUUUAG